AUGUUAAAAUUAUUUUAUUUAUUUAUUUUUUUAUCUUUUUAUAUAUUAGUUGCAAAUGGUAAAGAUUUCUGGGUCGACUAUUCCUCUCCAUUUACCGAAUUUUGUGGAUCAAAAGAUCAGCCAUGUCAAGCUCUUCAAAAUGUAAUUCAAGGUUUAUCCAAUAGCUCCAAGUCACAUACAAUAUAUGUUAGAACCGGUAUAUAUGAUGGAUACCAAAACAGAGACAUUAUAAUCAAUUCUUUAGAUUUAAAAAUAGUUUCUAAUGGAGGUUAUUCAUUAAUUGAUUGCCAACAUAUUUCUUUUGGUUUCAAGAUUUAUAAUUCCAAGGUUGAAUUAUUAAAUUUUAUUAUCACCAAUUGUAUUGGAUCACAAGGAUCUGCUUUGAGCAGUUACAAUUCCAAGAUCAACCAAAAACAAGUAAAGUUGGUAAAUAAUCUUGCUGAUUAUGGAGGUGCUUCUUUUUAUUCGAAAUCAACAUUAGUCUGUGUGGAGUGCGAAUACUUUGGAAAUAUUGCUCAAGUCCAAGGUUAUGCUAUUUAUAUGGAAGAUAGUGAUGCCAGAUUUAUACAAUCAACACUAAGAUACAACGUUCCAGUGAUUCCACCUCAAAAAUAUACAUUCACAUAUGAUAUUUAUCUUCAUAAUACUAAAAUUAUUUUUAUUAAAUCAAAUGUUGAUGGUCUAGGUGUUAAAUGUGUCCUUUUUUCAGCUGCAUUUUCAUCAGUAACUGGUGAAAUGACGGGUGACAGAUCUUUAGUCAAUAUUUGUGAAAAAGGAUCUGCAUUUAGAUUUUCUGAAAUACCAGUUUUUAACUAUGAUCUCGUAAAACCAAAUCAAAUGACUAGUCUCUGUGACAAUGAUGGAUCUUGCAAUGGUAGAGAAACAUGUUUAAACUGUGCAGAUUGCACUAAAUGUAGAUUCUCUGGUGCUUCAUUCUGGUUAUACACAACGGGUGCAUGUAAGAGUGAAAAUGGAAAAGUUGUAUCCAAUUCCAGUUGUAUAGUUGAUGGAUAUCCAAUCCCUUUGAGUUCUGUGGAGUUGGAAAAUCUUUUCACAAUUUCAUCAAGUCAUGGAAAUAUUACUUCUUAUUUUAAAAUACAAGCAGAUGAUACAAUCCAAUUCAAAUUGAAAGGAUCAAAUCUGGGAGUUUAUUUCUAUUUAAAUAAUAUCAAUAUCAUAAAAUCUCAUUAUCUUCAAUCAAAUUUCUCGCAUUCAAAGUCUAUCAAUAUUAGAGGUGGAAUGACAAACUCUUUAGUUAUUUCGAUUUUCACUUCUCCUUUGAUUUCAAGAUCUAGUAUUUCUUUGGAGAUCACUGACAGAUCAGGAACAAAGAUCAUUCCAUUUUAUUCACAGAAUAUUUGUGGUGAUGGGGUCAACGAUCCGUUAGAGGAUUGUGAUUUGGAUGAUAUUGGUAUCGAGAGUAUCAAAGAAGCUAAUCCAAAGUGUGGAGAUGGUGUUUGUAACGAAGUUCCAGAGUCAUGUUUACAAGAUUGCUACGAUGUCAUUGGAAAGAGUUGUGUAUCUCAGGUUCAAAACUUUUAUGAAGCGGUUCCACAAUCUGAUACAAUUUCGUACUUGAUAAACAACAAUGUCGAUUUCUCGUUGCCAGGUCUUGCUUAUUUUGCUCAUGGUAUCGAUUUGAUUACCGGUGAAGAACUUCCAUCCGUUAUCUUUGAUAUUGGCUAUUGUGACAAUGUUUCUUACUCCACCAUUCAAGAUUUCUAUAGAGAAUCGAUUUAUAAUAUUCCACCAGAAUAUUAUGCUGAAAUUCUACCAAUCUGUUCGUAUGACUCCAUUGUCUCUUCACACAAAUCUUCAUCGUCCGUUCAAAAUGAACAACUCGAUGAGAGUUCAAUGUCUGUUUCAUUUUCUGCUGGUGUCGAUCUUGGAAAGUGGGGUGGAUCUGCCGAUCUUGCUUAUUCAAAAUCCAAAAGCACAAUGACAGCAAAGAGUCUAGAGACAAAGGAAUCAGGCGAUACCAUUUCAGUCAAAGUUAAAUGUAUUACAUCAACAGUAACAAGAAACUCAAUCAGAUUCCACAAAAAUUUUGUUCGUGAUAUUGCAAAAGUAAAGAAUGUUCAGGAAAUGGCAAAUUUCAUUGAAAAAUAUGGUGCACUCUAUUACACAUCUUCAUCGCUUGGCGGUUCUUUAGGAGUAAUGAUUCGGGUAAAUUCCAACUCCGUACGAACGCAAAAUACUCAGGAAAUUAAAGAGAGUGCAGAAAUCAGUGCUGGUGCUUCUUUGAAAACUCCGUAUGGUGGAGGAUCUGAAAAGUAUACUGGUUCCGAUGAUUCCAAUAUCAAAACAGAUGAACAAUCUCAAUUUGAAGAGAGUACUACAAAGAGUAGAGUGCUUGUUAGAGGUGGUGCACUUGGUUCUUUUGGUCCAGAUUAUACAGCACCUUCAACAUUCUCUGAAUGGGCAAAAUCAGUUGAUCUUAGACCAGUUCCAAUUGACUACAAAGUUGGUUUUGUUGGAAAUAUUAUUCCACCAUCUUGGAAAGCCUUGGUUGAGCAAACAAUUUGUGUUUCUUAUAUAAAUGAAACUGGUAGAUGUUUGAGCUACAAUGACAACAGAAUUUGUAAUAGUUCUGAGGUUCUUACUUGUACUGUCAAUGCAACUGUAUCUUGCACAAAUUUCGUAAAUACUACAUGUGUCAAAAAUCAAACGGUGUUGGCAUUGGAAUCCUAUCAAAAACUUUGGGCAAAGGGAUAUGAUCUCUAUGUCAAACAGAAUUCCAAGGAGAAAGAUCCCGAAGUCAAAUAUUUCUUGGGAGUUCAUUUAACGUACAAUUUCGAUGCUCCAAGCCAACAGGAAAUCAAUAAAAUGAAAAAUAUUACAAUUCAAUUCCAUGGUGUAGAUGGAAGGACUGUUUCCGUCUUGAAAGAUGUCAAAUUGAUAAACAAUUGCAAUGGAGAGAUCAAGUCUUGUCAGCAGAAUAUUAUCAGUGACGACAUCUUUGGAAACUUUGAAUUGUUCAAUAUUUCAUUCACCUACGAGAAUGCAUCGAACAUUACUGUCAGUCUGAAUGUUAGUAGAUAUUUCAGCGAUAUCAUUAUCCACGAAUCAACACCAUCAUACUCCAGAGGCUAUCUUUUGAACACAAGCAUGGUUCUCCAUGAACGAUAUUUCAAUAUAUCACUGCUAGACAUUGUGACAGAAUCCUCUGAGAAUCCAAAUCCAAAUCCAGAACCAUACUUGAAAGGUCCAUUUAGAAAUGCUACUCAUCUAUGGUAUUUCCAAAGUAAUCUAACUGUUAAACUUGGUCCAAAAACCGGUGCAUCUGAUAAAUCACAAAUGAACUACUUCCUUACCAACAAAACAAACCAAUUGGUAACAGAGUAUUAUUAUCUACCACCCGAUCCAGUUCCUGUUAUGUACCCUGAGCCCGGAAAGAUGAGAAUGUAUUUAAACACUAUUGAUUUCAAUCCCAAAGAACAAUUUUAUGUUAUCAUGGGUGGUAAACAAGGAGUAAGCUCUUACCCAAUGGCUCCUAAAUAUACGUAUCCUGUGACUAAAUAUCGUCCUGUAUUUACGCCGGUUGGUCAACUUCAAGAACUACAAUUCACAUUCCCCGAUGGUAAUUACUUCUCUGUGAAGGACCUUGUCUUUGUACUCUGGGUUUGUGACAAAAAUAGUGCCGAUUGUUCCAGUAAUGUAGUUGCAUCUGAUCAAAAACAAAAAGGAUACAUCAAUUUGGUUCGUGCCGAUAAUUUCGCGCGACCAUGUGCCUACAUUGCAUCCUUUUCCAUAUUCCCUGAAUCUAAAAUUUAA